UUUUCUCUCCCCUUCCCUACCUCUCAAACCGAUCGCUACUCCUGUCGACCUUCCAACUCUUCUUUUGCCUUCCCGACUCAUUCGUUCUGUCGGCUUCCUCAUUUUCCUCCUUACUUACGUUUUUGUAAUCCAACGCGUAGCUCAUUCUGAUAUUGCCCAAUCGUCUUCCGCCUGUUUUAGCCUUCUUCACAAAAGGAAGACACGCCGAAACGUGGACCAAUUCUUGGCCAGAGGUGACGAUUUAUCAACUUGAGCCUUCACUCUUCCUUCUUCUUCACCAUCACUUGCUUCGUAGACAAGGAGUCCAACCACCAUCAUGAAGACCUCUGCCCUUGCUUUGGGCCUCUUGGCCGCCGUGGCCCACGCCGAUCCCACCCCUACCGAGGAGCAACCUCCCAGCAAGCGAUCUGACGUCCCCUCCGUCACGGCUUCUGGCAAUGCAUUCUGGCUCGGCAGUGAUCGGUUCUAUAUCCGAGGCGUCGACUACCAGCCUGGUGGCUCGUCUGCCAUGACGGAUCCCCUCGCGGACGAGACCGGCUGCAAGCGUGAUAUCGCUGAGUUCACAAAGCUGGGCGUCAACACUGUCCGUGUCUACAUGGUCGACAACUCGGUCAAUCACGACACGUGCAUGAACGCCCUGGCUGCUGCCAACAUUUACCUGAUCCUUGACGUCAACAAUCCUCUCUAUUCUAUCAACCGUGCCUCGCCCAAGGCUUCCUAUAAUGACGUCUACCUGCAGAGCGUCUUUGCCACCAUCGACGCCUUUGUCAACUAUCCCAAUACCCUUGCCUUCUUCUCGGGCAAUGAGGUUGUUAACGACGAGGCUAACACAACCCUGGCUGCCCCUUAUGUCAAGGCCACGACCCGUGACAUGCGCCAGUACAUCAAGGAGCGUGGAUACCGUGCUGUCCCCGUUGGCUACUCCGCGGCCGAUGUCUCGCAGAACCGGUACCAGCUUGCCGAGUACUUCAACUGUGGCACUGACGACGAGCGCAGCGACUUCUUUGCAUUCAACGACUACUCCUGGUGCAACACGGACUUUGUCACAUCGGGCUGGGACCAGAAGGUGCAGAACUUCACCGGCUACGGCCUUCCCCUCUUCCUGUCCGAGUACGGCUGCACCACCAAUGGCCGCAGCUUCGGCGAGGUUGCCGCCCUCAUGAGCACGAACAUGACCGGGGUCUACUCUGGCGGCAUCGUGUACGAGUAUUCGGAGGAGUCAGACAACGCUGGCUACGGCCUGGUCUCGAUCUCGGGCUCGACGGUCUCUCAGAUGUCCGACUUCACCGCCUACUCCACCGCCCUGUCCAAAAACCCCGAGCCCACAGGCGAUGGCGGUUUCACCUCCACAACCAACACCCAGGCCUGCCCGACUGUCGACAGCAACUGGCUUGUCAGCGACACUCUCCUGCCCGCAAUCCCCUCGGCUGCCGAGAAGUACAUGACAGAGGGCGCUGGCAAGGGCCCCGGCCUGACGGGCGACGGAUCCCAGAACGCUGGAGGCACAUCUACCGGCGAUGCCUCCCCCGGUUCCGGGUCGGCCACCACCACCGCAACUCCCAGCUCGACCGGCAAGAAGAAUGUCGGCUCCAGACCCGCCCCGCUGGACAAGUACGGCUUCCUGGUGACAGGAGUCGUCUUCUUCGCCACUCUCGCCGGCACUAUGCUGCUGUAAAACGGGGAUUUUGUUGGUUGCGAGGCCGGAAGGUCGAAGAAGGUGAUGAAAAGAAGACGACGUCGAGUGUCAUUUCAGAUCUUUGGUGGGGGGCAUGACAUCAUAUCUCUUGACUGCUCCUGGUGGCGGCAUUUCUAUUGCAUGGAUAGACGGACAGACGGACGGACGGACGGACGACGUGAGAGGAGAACCGCCUCUCAAAACGAACGAGGUGGUCGAUCCGAUCUCUCCCCCCACCGAGUCUCAAGACGUCGAAAGGGAUGGGUUUUCAGUACAUUCAUGGACAUACAGUAGACGAGAAUAAUGGCGGUUGAGCGGGCAUCGCUAGGCAAUCAGGAAGAAUGGAGUAUUCUUUCAAAGUGUUUUGAAAGG